UUCCUCGUGGUCAUAAUGGGUAUUAUAUAUGCCAUUGUAAAUAAAGAACAAGAUUCGUAUAUAGUCUCAAAUAAGACAGAAAUUCCUGACUGUAUACCAUGUCCGACCGAGAUAGACAGGAAACCUGGAAAUCCAGGGAGUUUCGAAGAUCUUCAUAAAAAAGUGAAGGAUCUUUAUCCACAAAAUUUUGAGGGUGCAAGAUUAAAAAUUAAGAAAGUUCUCAGUUCCCAUUUUAAUGUAAUGCAUACAAUAACAUUGAGUUCUGUAACUCCUUCGGGAUACAAAUUUGGUGCAUCUUACAUUGGUACUAAAGCAGUGGGUUUGCAUGAGAAGUAUCCAAUUGUCAAAGGCGAUAUUAUUCCAAAUGGAAAUAUGACAGCAAAUUUUGUACAUACAUUUGGAUGUAGAUUUAGAUUCAAAUUGUCUACGCAAGUUGCAAAUUUUAAGUACAAAGCUUCUAGUUCAUCCAUAGAAUAUCGGUCCAAUGAUUAUACAUUGGCAUUAACAUUAGCAAAUCCAAAAUUUCUGAAGCAGCAAGGAAUUGUUGUAUUACAUUUCUUGCAAGCAAUUACGUCCAGAAUUACAUUGGGUGCAGAAGUAGCUUGUCUUCGAAAUUCUAAAAUUUCUGGGGGUCAACAGACAUUAAUGUGUGUAGCAUUCAGAUAUAAUACGGGACCUGCAACAUGGUCUGCUACUUUAGGAGAAGCUGGUCUUCAUAUUUGUUAUUAUAGAAGAGCAAGCAGACAACUGCAACUUGGUGUUGAGAUAGAAACUAACAUGAGGAUUCAUGAAUCAGUUGCCACUAUAGUAUAUCAAAUUAAUAUACCAUAUGCUGACCUAAUUUUUAAAGGCAUUGUUAAUUCAGAAAGUAGUAUUGGUUGUGUAUUUGAGAAAAAACUAUAUCCAAUUCCAGAAUCAUCAUUAAUUAUUAGUGGACACUUGAAUCAUAUAAAUCAGCAAUUUCGUGUAGGUGUGGGUCUUGAUAUUGGUGUAUAA